CCGCGCCACCUAUAAACUUGAUCUGAAGAUCGGAAAUAGGAGGGCUUAUAUUAAUCAGCGCUUCAGACUCGAAGAUAAGUAAACGUGGGAUCGCCGCGUUCUGCUUUGGCAUUGCUACUGCCACAGCGCGGGGAAAAGGUUCGCGAUCGAUGCGUGUGGCAGAUCAAAUCGAGCCCUCUGGAGAGUAAAAAAAAAAGGAAAUAGUACCUUUUCCCGUGGAUUUCGUGCAGUGUGUUCCCGUCUCCGAAUGAACAGCCAUGGGGGAAUGGACCAUACUCGAGAGGCUCUUGGAAGCUGCUGUCCAGCAGCACUCUACUAUGAUAGGAAGGAUCCUACUAACUGUGGUGGUGAUCUUCCGGAUUCUAAUUGUAGCCAUAGUUGGAGAGACAGUUUAUGAUGAUGAACAAACCAUGUUUAUCUGUAACGCGUUACAACCGGGCUGUAACCAAGCUUGUUACGACAAAGCAUUUCCGAUCUCGCACAUCAGAUAUUGGGUAUUUCAAAUAAUAAUGGUUUGCACGCCGAGUCUUUGCUUUAUCACUUACUCUGUUCAUCAGUCAGCAAAAAGGGACCGACGGUAUUCCACUGUGUAUCUUACAGUGGAUAAUAAGGAUCAAGAUCCACUGAAACGCGAGGACAGCAAAAAGAUAAAAAACACAAUUGUAAACGGAGUACUUCAGAACACAGAAAAUUCGACAAAAGAAGCCGAGCCCGACUGUUUGGAAGUCAAAGAGAUUCCCAAUGCGAACACGAAGCCUCCAAAGUCCAAAAUGAGGCGACAAGAGGGCAUCUCGAGAUUUUACAUCAUUCAAGUUGUUUUCAGAAACGUUCUGGAAAUCGGGUUUUUGGUGGGUCAGUAUUUCCUGUACGGAUUCAAUGUCCCCGCAGUGUAUGAGUGUGAUCGAUACCCGUGCAUAAAAGAGGUUGAGUGUUAUGUCUCCAGACCCACAGAGAAAACGGUUUUUCUCGUCUUCAUGUUUGCGGUCAGUGGUUUUUGUGUGGUGCUGAAUUUGGCCGAACUUAACCAUUUGGGAUGGAGGAAAAUCAAAACGGCCGUAAGAGGAGUGCAGGCCAGGAGGAAGUCAAUUUAUGAGAUCAGAAAUAAAGACUUGCCCCGUAUGAGUGUGCCUAAUUUCGGUCGCACUCAGUCGAGUGACUCUGCCUAUGUGUAACUGAGGAGACAACUCUGAAUGAAUAUAUGCUAUGUAUAAAGAUCUAACAAUAAGAUGGACGAUUCCAUUCGCCACUAACGUUUCAUCAGCUAAAAGAGUGGUUAGAUUUUUAUUUGAUAGUCUUUUAAAGGACUUAAGCGACAAGGAUGGAUGGCACGUUUGUCAACCGAUUUAUUACUUGCACUGAUGCAACUUUUUAGCGACGCUUGUAGCACAAAAGCGCUACACGAAGAGAGCAUAUUGAUGUGUUCACGUAUUUACUCUUGUGAUCUCAAUCGUACUUGAAGAGAGUAAAUACGUUUUGCACUAAAAAAAAAAGUUAACACCGGGAGCCAACUGCGUCUCGAUGGGCUUUUAACGGUGUUUUUAAACGAUUUUCCACCGAUUUUUUCACACCAUCAUAUUUAGCAACACAACGCACAGCGGUUGACUGAAGGAGAAUCUUGAUCGCAAUUUAAUCUAGCCUAUGAUGGUAUCUAGGCUGUGGAUCACCCUAGAUUAAGAACAGAUUAAUACAAUAAACCUCUUUUGUUGCCUAUGUUGUACCACUGACCUUAACGUAUGUCACCAUUUCAUCGCUAACCUGCAAACCAUUGUCGGGUGGAUUUGCUGCAGCCGCUUAGGUCUGUGACGUCCUUCAUUUCAAACACACCAAAGCGCCCACUGCUUUCAUCUGUGAACUCUUUUAUUGCUUUCGUGUAAUUAAGUGCCAUACUUGUACAUAAAAUAUAUAUGUAUACAUAUAACAAUCUCUAAUAAUGAUAAUUAUAUACAUUAUGAAAACGUAUUCCUUGCUUGGAUUAUGCUAAACGGCGCACAGGUUUGCUUUAACUGUAUUCGUUGUGAUUUAAAUGAAAAUUAUAUACAGCAUUUUCUCUCUUUUAACUUUGCAAAUGACCGGAAAAGAAAUAAAAUGCUGGUCUUUUUAUAUACGUACAGUAAUCUCUUUAUUCACCAUAUUAAAAUUAGCUCAAUUACGAUGGCACAAAUAUAAUUUUAUAACAAGCAAAAACAUGGACAAUGAGAAGCUGCUCUGGUGCUACAUUUUUCACUGAGUCUGUGUAACCCAGGCAAAUCAGAACAAAACUAUUUUCUUCCAAAUAAAAACCGAAGGAAUGCAAACCAGUGCCGUUUUGAGACCCAAGGCUUUUGUGCAACUCAGGAGCACCUCGUGCUCCCUAUGACCUUGCAUGCUUCUCAGGCGCGUGCAGUCUUUUUAAGGCCUUGGCUGAGAAAAAAGUGCUGCAUUAACUGUCAGUAUAGGUUAUGAAAAUAUUUCACUGAAUUUUUUUUUUUUUUUUUUUUACAUUUAUUCCAAACACUAUCCAUAAUUGUGCCCAGAGAUACUAAAGAUUUAAUUAAGCCUAUUUGAAACAUUUUGCAUUCUUUGUUUUCUCAUCUUCAGGCCUGUUUUGUGUAUGAUUUUCAGAAUUCUAAAGUCAAGUAAAGAGAUGCAUGUUUAAGAGAGUAUAUUAGAGAGUAUUUGAAUGCUGUCAAGAAAGUUUGGGCCUACACUGCAUUUGCUUGGGACUUGGUCUUUCCCGCUGGUGUUCCUAUCUGCUGCUAGAGAAAGAGCACAGAGCAGUGGCUCUAGCUGUGGGCGCCACUGCCUGCCCUUCCUGAAGGUCAGGAGGAAAAACAAAACACAAACAGAAAGGAUCAAGUAAAAGUGAUGAACACUGUAGCCACACUGUGGCUUGCAGCUUGCAAAACGAGCGUCCAGGAUGACGUGGGGCUGGGCUCACUGCAGCAGCUGCCGGGAUGAUUCUGCAGGGUCUGCCUCAGCACAGAGGAGCCGGACACGGCCGUGUCGCUCGGCACCUCAGAGGGGACCACCACAGCUGCCAACACUCAGAAACCAUAGCAGGACUAUCCAAAAGGACAGAAAACGCAUGAUGCCUGUUUGGCCGGACAGCGCAGUGCAAUACUCGAGUCCUCUGUCUCUGCUCCCCUCUUCAGUCUUAUGACCAACAUUCCAAGACUGCACACUGAUCUUGAAUCUGUGAGAUUCUUGCAGACUUUUCUGAUAAACUGGGAAGCGAGCUGAAGGAAGAUGUCACUGAACAGAGCAGAGAGAAUUUCAUUGUGUAUGGGAACAAAGAAAAAAAGCUUUAAUAAACUCAAACCCCCCUGCCAAAUGUGAAAAUAACUGUACAUGGGUCAUGUACUGCAGUCUCUCUCUCUCUCUCUCUCUCUCUCUCUCUCCCUCUCUCUCUCUCUCUCCCUCUCUCUCUCCCUAGUAGAUUUCUGCAAUAUUCAUCCUGGUAUUUUCAUGGUUUAAAAUGAUUGGUUUAUGUAUGAAUGCAAUUAUGCAUGCUGUGAUGCAUUUUACAUCAUGUGAGUGUUGCGAGGCUCGGUUAAAUAUAUUUAAUGCUAUCCGUGCUACUUGUUUCUCUGCAUCAGAUUUCAAUUCAUAUCUGUGAGGCACAAUGUAGGAUGCUUAACAUGGACAGAUCAAUAGAGACACAGGACACCACCCCCGCACACAGCCAGAUGAUCCUGUGGCUCCUGACACUGACAAAUCCUAAUUACUGACAAACACUACUGACUACAUUCUUUCAAAACACUUGUUAUCUUUUGAUCUGCCCAAGAGUGAUAUUAAACUUCCUGAAAUGCCAUUUCUUUUAAGAUGCAAACAAAAUCCUCAGGAAUUCCAGCAAUUUCAUCUGAAAUUUGCAGGUGCCUAAAAUAUGACAGAAUUUCAGAGAUUAAACAGGCUCAUUUAUUCCAGAGACUGUCUACUGAGCAACUGUGUCAAAUGUUAAAGGAAAAGAAAAUCAGUCUAAUAGCUAUGUCUAAACCCCUGCAGGUACUCUUUGGGAGUUCUUAGUGUAACUUUAUCCUAAUUCUGAUCUAAAGAGCCUUGCAAGCUUACACUGGAUAGCACUACACUGUCCUUUUUCUAAGCAACCAAGCCUCCAGUCCUUUCCAUUUUUACUCAAGUGUAGAGACAUCUGUGUAAAUGUAAAUGGAAUGAAGUAGUGUGAAUUAAAUCCAGGCUCUCACAGAUGAGAACGCAUAUGGUGGCGCUGAGGUGUCAUUUCAUAAGACGUGUGCUCGAGUUCCUGCACAAACCUUUCUUAGAUUCUUUUGACUACAGGAUGAAACUCUGCAAUGCACAAACUACUUAUUUCUUUCUUUCCUUUUGACAAGCACACCUUUAUUAUAAUCAGAAAUGUUAAAUGUUCAUCAAGCCUUUUUGCUUAUUUACAGAUUAUUAAUUUAUUUUAAAUCCUGAUUUUUCAAUUAAAAGCAUGUUAUUAUAGUUUACUGCUCACAUCAUACAACCGUAGUAACAAUAUGCAACUAAUUGAAUUACAUCAAAUAUUACAAUGCACUUGGAAGUGAAUGCACAUUAAAAUAAAUACAAAUUUGUUAGACAUUUUUACAUACUGGUGAAGAUAAAUCCAGCAGUAUAUAAACAACCAUCAAAAAUACUUUUUUGUUGGUGUAUGUUCUAAUUAUAUUAGGAAAUGUUUAGUAUUGUGUGCUACGUUUGUGCUCUAACAUAGACACAACUAAAUUCUAGGUAUCUGUAGGAGUCAAACAUACAAUAAGCAGAGUGUUCCUUUAAAUGUUAAUUAAAAAAAAGGAGAAAAUGAUAAUUGGUAUUAUGGUAGACACAGGAGCAAUAUGAAGGUUCAAGGCAGUCUAUAGAGUGAAAAUAAAUUGUAAUGACUUUUUAUGGUCAGUGGAGGUUGAUUUUGAUUUCAAGAUAUCACUGAAAACUUGUCAUAUGCACAGUUAUUUGACUAUUUAUACUCCACAUACAUACAGUCAUGUGACUAUUUAUACUCCACCUAUAUAGGACUUUUUAGGAAACCGUAACAAUAAUCCCUAAAUAAUUAAUCUCUCAGAUGUAAAAUAAAUUAUUUGCUUUCCUAUUCUACACUAAGUCUACAAUACAUUCUGGAGAUUAGAUCACCAUAACAGAAAUAUUUACUGAUAUUCUUACAUAAUGUCAUAUGUCUCAGCUACUGGCAGGUGCCGUGUCAUGAGUACUUUUUAUUCAUCUUUGAUUUUUCGCUUAUAAAAUCCUUCCCAGCCAGAUCUAGCAAAUAAAGAAGGUGCAGGUACAUUUCCUGUUGCCAUUUUAUUUGCUAGUUUAAAUGAUCACAACUCGAGUUGAGAUCAUUCCCUGCCUGUGCACUGUCUGCUGCACUUUAACAGUAUCAGUGGUAACUCAGCAUGUAAAGGAAGGCACAACCCAAACUCUGCAAUGGCCAGUCACCAAACCAGUCACCUUAGAGAAGUAUUCAAACCCUCAAAUUUGACCUUAGGUUUGACCCAGCUCAUUUAUUUGCGUCUUUAAUCGUAAAAAGCCAGCAUCAUAUAGUAACAUUGAUGAAAAGAAAAGUGUUGUUUCCCAUUCCCCACUGCCCUUUCUGUCUGGCUUUUAAACUCACUGAAAGGGAGACACGUGUUCCCAGGCCAGAUCAGGUUUCACACUGUUUCUUCAAAGCUUUGCAAACAAACAGAAAAAGACAAAAAAAAUCCAAAGCUGGUAUAUUUCAUGCACUGAGCCAGCAGCUAUGAAAUUUGUCUGCUUACAAUGCAGUCAAGCACUGCAGUGUGGUCACCUAUCACUGGCAGAGUACGUAGAAGCUUCCUGCUUCUCAGAUCCUUGUGAAUGAUCCUCUGAAGAAAAACCCACUUCAUGUAUUCAGACUGCACAUCUCUAUUUUGAAUUCCAAGAGAAGGAGGUUCAUCUACAAAAAAUGUAUUUCACACAAAAUUUAGAGACUGUCAUCUCAGGGCACCUAAUCUGCCUUUCUGUCAAUGUUCCACUAUUUCUAUCUGUCUCUCUCAUAAUGUGUUUGGAUGAUUUUUGAUUGUCAGUGUUUACUAGGAGGAAAGAGACAGUAGAAUAAUCAUACUGGCAUGUACAUUUAAUAUCACCCGCAGAUUAGAAAGAAAUCAUGGAUGAAGUUGAUGUUUUUCACCUCCCUGUUCUUCAUUACACAAUCCAAAAUGAUUCAGGAAGUCACACAAUUCUACUGUGUCUGUUACUGACCUCUUUAUCCAAAAUAAAAUAUAUUUCUAAAUCUC